UGCAUCAAAAAAGAGUGAAAGAGUUCAUAGGAAAGCAAAACAAAACAGAGCAAACGGCAAGAGUAAGUGAAACGAUGUCUCUAAUUCCGAGCUUUUUGGGAGGCCGAAGAACAAAUGUGUUCGACCCAUUCUCACUAGACGUAUGGGACCCCAUCGAAGGAUUCUUGACGCCGUCAGGGUUGGCAAACGCACCGGCUAAGGACGUGGCAGCGUUCACAAACGCUAAAGUGGAUUGGAGGGAGACACCUGAAGCGCAUGUGUUCAAGGCGGACGUGCCGGGGUUGAAGAAAGAAGAGGUGAAGGUGGAGGUUGAAGAUGGGAACAUACUUCAGAUAAGCGGUGAGAGAAGCAGUGAGAAUGAAGAGAAGAGUGACAAGUGGCACCGUGUGGAGAGGUCAAGUGGGAAGUUCGUUAGGAGGUUUAGGUUGCCAGAGAAUGCAAAAGUGGAGGAAGUGAAGGCGAGUAUGGAGAACGGUGUGUUGUCGGUCACGGUGCCGAAAGUGCCGGAGAGUAAGCCUGAGGUCAAGUCCAUUGAUAUCUCUGGUUAAGAGUAACUUUGAAGUUGGAAAGCUAGAGACAAUAAUGUGUGAUAGUGUAAAAUAAAUGCUUGUGACUUUCCUUUCUGCUUCUUUUUCUUGUAAUCACCGAUCUCGUUGUAUCAAUAUAAGUAAAUCUUAAUAAAAGAGUGUUUUGAAA